UACAGAAACAUAGCGUCUUUCAAGAAGGUCUAUAGCUGGGGCCAUAAGUGAUCCUUUAAUUUGUUAAGGCCGUUCCUAGGCACCUCACCUGAGCAGAGUUUUUAUAAUGAUGGCUGCAUGCAGAGGAUCUUUGGAUUGUCUGAAGUAAGGAUAGGCUUGGAGUGUGGUCAGAACAAUAGUAGGCCUGGCUGGCUGGAUUAAAGCACUUUGAUGGGGACUGAAGUAAUCAGGUUUUGCAUUUCAGAUGUGAAGCCAACUAUAGACAUGGACUGUGUCACCAACCAAGAUUCCAUGUAUUUGCCCAACUCAGUCAGUGCAGCCCUGGAGGACCUGGAUUUAUGGAGGCAGUUCCACCAGGAAGGGACCGAGAUGAUCAUCACCAAGACUGGCCGGCGAAUGUUCCCACAAUGUAAGAUUCGACUCUUUGGGCUCCAUCCCUACACCAAAUAUGUGGUUCUGGUGGAUUUUGUCCCUUUGGACAACUGCAGAUAUAAGUGGAACAAGAACCAGUGGGAGGCAGCAGGUAAAGCCGAGCCACACCCUCCAUGCAGGACGUAUGUACAUCCAGACUCUCCAGCCCCAGGUGCCCACUGGAUGAAGGAUGCGAUCUGCUUCCAAAAGCUAAAACUGACCAACAACACACUGGACCAGCAUGGACAUGUAAUCUUGCACUCAAUGCAUCGGUACAAACCUCGGUUCCACAUCAUUCAGUCUGAUGACGUAUACAACACCCGAUGGGGACUCCUGCAAGUGUUUAGCUUUCCAGAGACCGAGUUUACAGCAGUCACUGCCUAUCAAAAUGACAAGAUCACAAAACUGAAAAUUGAUCACAAUCCUUUUGCCAAGGGUUUCAGAGAACAGGAAAGGGGCAGCAAGAGGGAUGACAUGUUAAAGCUCCAUCCACAAAGUCCUAGCAAGCGCCAGAAAAGGAAGAAAUGGGAGGACAGUCCUGAAGCAGACGAUGAAGAUCGCUCUAAAAUCGCUCGUGUAAAGGAAGAACCUGGCAUGAUGCCAGCAGAGGUAUAUUCCCAGUGGGUUACAGAUCAUGAAGGAGGUAUUCAAUUACACCCCAACUCUCCAGAUUUGACAGAUUCUCCACACCAAGAGCAGCAGGUUCCAUCCUCUUCCUCCAGCUUUCUGUAUAGAAGCCCACUGAGAAGAUGUCCUCAGACCCUUCCAGGAUCCUUGGAUACAUGUGAAGCAGCAGGUAGACGCCUCACACCUGAUGUUGCAACAGUGCCAGAGUUGGAUGCCUGUCAGCUUCAAGUAUUUCCUCCACAGCACUCUGUACAGGAGCGCCCUAGUGGAAUGAACUUUCCAAUGGACACACCUACACGACAGACACUGCGUGGGCCCAUGUACAGUCCAUAUACCCCUGACCAGUGGAUGGUUCCUACACAGGGGCAGUAUCGGCCCAUGAGCUACUCCUACCCAACAGACUUCGGCACCCAAGGACCUGUGAAUCAAACACAUAAUGGGAUGUCAGACUGGAGCCAAUACUCUUUAUUUCCUUACACUUGCUGGUAAAUAGCGAAACACAAUAACCAAGUUGUGGACUGACAGAGCUCACAAUUGCCUCUACAAUUUCAUAAUAAUUUUUGUCCCCUCACAAAUAGAGGAAACAAAAAAAUAAUCAAUCGUUGGCACAGACAACAAAUGUAGCCAUCCAAGAAAUGCUACUCGUAUAAGUUGGGUGAUUAGGAGGGACUGUAUGCCAUUUAAUUUAUUUUAUAGACUUCUACUUUAGAGACCAGGUUUUGGACCUAUUCCUGUUGGCAUUGGUAUCUACAGUGCAACCACUUCCAAAGAUGGCCAAACUCUACUUCUACUUCUAGCUGCUUGUGAACUAUUUCCAGAAUAAAGAACUGCAAAGUCUUCAACUGGAACUGGAGGAUGUAUAUACACACACUCCGAUACGGAUCUCUGUUUGUUGCACACACAUUUAAUUUUGAAGCCAAGGACUGGAGACAUACAACUCCUCUAACAAACCUUCCUGUUAGAAGAGAUUUUACGUCAUAAAACCGAGUUUUCCGAUAUUGCUUUGCACAAAUGUUUUGUUUUAUUUUGUGGUUUAAAUGUUUUCUUUUUUGGUAAUACUUUAACAUUUGCUUGAAAUUUUGCACAUUUUCCUGGGGAUGUUUUUGAAUAUGCACGUGCAUAUUUGGACCAGCACAUGGUAUGAGGCACAGUUAAUGCAAGAAAAGCACAAGGGUCUUUUUGCAUGUUUUACACAGGGUUGUGUGUAAUGAGCAUGCUUGUUCUAACUGGGGGUUUGUUUAUGUGCAACCGUUUCUGGGCUGUUUUUUUGCAAUAUAGAGAUUCAUGGGGUAAAGACCAUAUGCAGGGAUAUAUGGCAGCUGCAGGUUCAGCAGCUCGGAGCAGAGAGUAAUAUAGGGCAUUUCUAAUUGGCUGCUAUGGGUAUAAAUCAAUGCGUUUGGCACAUCCUGUAAAUAAAGACUGUAUGUGAAAUAAUAAUUUUGGAUUGUAGAAAGUCAUGAGACCCAGUCAAUGUAUGGCUGGUCUGUUAGAUAAGUUUACUUUUUAGACUAUGCACCCCUAACUUACUGGUUGUGACAAAGAUAUGUCCUAUGUAUAGACCGCAUUGUGUGUGUAAAUAGAUUUUAUUUAAGAAAUAUUGGACUUUUGUUUGCUAGCUAGGAGCACACCCUUCUAAUGAAGGAUGAUUUUUAUGUGCUUCAGUGAAUUGAAGUGAAAAUGAUGGAAUGUACAUUUUGGGUCACUGUCAUUUUACACUUGCAAUAAACGGCUAGUACAUAAA